AUGGCAGAUACUGCUAAGCCCAGCCCGGCCCUGCUGGCCUCCCUGGGCGUGGGGCUGCUCUCUCUCCUCGGCCUGGCCCUGGGCGCCUACGUGGUGCGGAGGUCCCGCCGGCCGCUGGUCACGCUCCUGGAUCCCGAGGAGAAGUACCUGCUGCGACUGCUAGACAAGACGACCGUGAGCCACAACACCAAGAAGUUCCGCUUUGCCCUGCCCACCGCCCACCACGUUCUGGGGCUGCCUGUGGGCAAACAUGUCUACCUCUCUGCAAGAAUCGAUGGCAGCCUAGUCAUCAGACCAUACACUCCUGUCACCAGUGAUGAAGACCAAGGCUAUGUGGAUCUUGUCAUCAAGGUGUACCUGAAGGGUGUUCACCCCAAGUUUCCUGAGGGAGGGAAAAUGUCUCAGUAUUUGGAUAGUCUGAAGAUUGGGGACAUGGUGGAGUUCCGGGGCCCAAGUGGCUUGCUCACUUACACUGGAAAAGGGAAUUUUAACAUUCAGCCCAACAAGAAAUCUCCACCAGAAUCACGAGUGGCAAAAAAACUGGGAAUGAUUGCUGGAGGGACAGGAAUCACCCCAAUGCUACAGCUGAUCCGGGCCAUCCUGAAAGUCCCUGAAGAUCCGACUCAGUGCUUUCUGCUUUUUGCUAACCAGACUGAAAAGGACAUAAUCCUGCGGGAGGACUUAGAAGAGCUGCAGGCCCAAUAUCCUAGUCGCUUUAAGCUUUGGUUCACUCUGGACCAUCCUCCAAAAGAUUGGGCCUACAGCAAGGGCUUCGUGACUGCUGACAUGCUCCGGGAGCACCUACCUCCUCCAGGAGAUGAUGUGCUGCUGCUGCUCUGUGGGCCACCCCCAAUGGUGCAGCUGGCCUGUCAUCCAAACUUGGACAAACUUGGCUACUCUCAAAAGAUGCGAUUCACCUAUUGAGCAUCUCCAAGCUUCCCUUUUCCCCAAGUCUGCAAUUGUUCCCAGUCACUACUCAAACACUGUACACUGUUGAUUCUUGUCUUGAGACUGUCAGCCUUGUGUAUCUUAAUGUGGAGAUGCAAUUUGGCUGGUACCAAGGAACAAUGUUCCUCUAACCACAGAAGAGGGCCAAGGCCGUCAAUUCCUGGGAAGCCCCCUGCCAAUCGCUCUGUGACAGGAAGGCCCAUGGAGUAGCUAUUCUCUGAGGUCAGAAAUAUAACAUCACACUGGCUUUGUACCUGUCACGGAAAGAAUACAUUAUACAAAAUGUUUCAUUUAAUAUUCAAUGCCUACUCAGGGGCAGAUUCUGCUUAUGUGAGCACAAGUUAAAUGGGCUUAACAGAGGUAGACUUUAAACCUAGUAGAAACUCCAGACUUCAGACUUCAGACUCAGAACUCCAGACUUCAGAGAAAGGAGUCUGAAAUAUAGAUUCAUCUGUCUCAGCCCAUGCCUGUGCUAGAAGAAAUGGCUGUGUACAAUCUAAGACUGCUGCUUGUAUAAGAAGACUCUGGCUGCUCAAAUAAACGGGGCUGAGGCCUUAAUGUGGUCCCCA